UUGUGGAGUCAGGACGGAGCUGCGCUGCACCUCAGGAGAUCAUUGGAGUUGAGGCGAUACUUUGCGAUGGAUUCUCAAACUUAAAAUGAUCGAAAGCGCGUUAAAGUUACGGGCGUCGCCAGACCCCCUUCAAACCGUCUGAAACAGGAAACUGGCAAAGAUGUGAGACCUCACGAAGCCGAAGAAAAAGCCACUGGAGUCUCGCGAAAGUCUAGACAAAUAUGGCUUCUCGUGUCUUUCAAUUUCACGCGAAAAACUCUCUGACAGGAUUGUUUCCAGAGUUUUCUGUGGUUCUGUUGUAGUGGACGGGCCGGGCGCGAUGGAUCCGAAGCACAAAGAGUUGCUGGAGCAGUCCGAGCAGAAGUUGUCGGAGUCCGUCACAGAUGUGGAUCGGCUCCUGGAGCUGCUGGCCCAGUCCGGCAGUCUGAGCCCGGCCGAGCGCACCGAGCUGGACAAGAACUGCUCCAGCAGCGCCGACAAAGUCCAUCUGCUCCUCAAGAUGCUGGUGGAAAACAAGGAAAACGAUCAUUUCCAGGAGCUGUGCUGGGCGCUGGAGAAAACUCAGCCGCUGCCGCUCAACUCUCUGCUGCCUGUGGACAACCACAACACGGGUUCCACGUACAGCGUUCUAUCAGCGAUGCCGUCUGACUCUGAGAGCAGUAGUUCCCUCAACAGUGUCGCGUCCUCCCCUCCUCCUGCACACCUGGACAAGCAUGUGAUGAGCGAGAAGCUGGAGACGGUGAUUUUCCAACUCAGACAGGUGACCCGGGAACGAGACGACCUACGCAAAAGACUGGCCCUCUCUUCACCCGGCACCACCUUUGACGACUGCAGGCCUAGUGUGAAGUCGGGUCACGAUUACGAGCGUCUGAAGCUUCAGUGUAUGAAGGCCAUGUCUGAUCUACAGUUUCUUCAGAACCAACACACCAAAACCCUGAAGAGAUGUGAAGAGGCCGUGAGAGAUGCCGAUUACUACCAUACUCUGCACGGGCGUGUGGUUGCUGAACAGACUCAGCUGCGAGAUGAGAUGGGGGUCGUGAAGCAGAACUACUCGCAGCUCCUGCAACAGCACUCACAGCUGCAGCAAACCUGCGACGAGCUGCGACAUAUUCAUGACAGUGACCAGAGAGAGGUGUCAGACAUGCGCUUGCAGCAGCAACAGGUCAUGCGGGAGAACGGCUCAUCUGACCUGCUCAAUAAACUCUAUGACACAACCUUAAACAAACUGGAGGGCAUAAAGAAAGAGUACGACACCCUGAGAAAACGCUACAAUGAAAAGAUGGCGAGUCAUAACGAAGACCUGAGCCGUCUGGAGCAGACAGAGGAGGAGAACAGACGUUUGCAGAAACAGCUGGAUGUUCUGCUGAAACAGAGAGACUCUGCAUUGCAUUACCAGCAGCAAUACAGCAGCUCAGUCAGGAGGUUUGAGAGUCUCCAGCAGGAGCUGAAUAAGAUUUCUGCUCAGAACGAUGAGCUUCAGAGAGAGACGGAUCGUCUUCAGAUGGAGAGCACACGCUAUAAGACCCUGCAGCUGAAGGCCGUGAAAGAUGCAGAGAAACUGAAGGAAGAGAGAGACUCCGUGUUAAACGAGUACAGACUGAUCAUGAGCGAGAGAGAUCAGGUCAUUAAAGAGGUGGAUAAACUACAGACGGGGCUGGACACCGCUGAGGCCAAACUCAAGAACACGUCCAGCGAGAGAAGAGUCGCCAGCGAAGAGAUCGAAGCACUAAGACAGGAACUGAACUCGUUUCUGGUGGAUCGGGACAGGGUGAUCCAUGAGAAGACAGAACUGCUGGAGAAAUACUGUCACGAGGUUCAGGAUAAGGCUGAGACACAGAAAGAGCUGAGCCAGGCCUGUAAGGACAUUGAGAUGGUGCGAGAGGAGCGGGACGUGGCCCGUAAAGAGAGAACAGAAGCCAUUAUACAGAGAGACCAGCUCCUGAGAGAGUAUUACCAGGCCAGACAGAAGCAGGACAGUACGACUCUGGACAUGGAGCGGGUCAGUAAAGAGCUGGAGGUAUUGAGGAAGCAGUGUGAGGCCGUGUCUGAGGAGCUGCAGGAGUCCGUGCAGGAGGCCGAAGUGGCCAAAUGCCGCAGAGACUGGGCCUUCCAGGAGAGAGACAAGAUCGUAGCAGAGAGAGAGAGUAUACGGACGUUGUGUGAUAACCUGCGGCGUGAGAGAGACAGAGCUGUGAGCGAUCUCGCUGAUGCGUUGCGUAACCUUGACGACCUGCGCAAACAGAAGAACGAUGCAGUGAGAGAACUGAAGGAGCUCAAGGAAUGCAUGGAGGAGCAGUUGGAGAAGGAGGCACGGUUUCGUCAGUUGAUGGCGCACAAUUCUCACGACUCUGCUAUCGAUACAGACUCUCUAGAGUGGGAAACUGAGACGGUGGAAAUCGAGAGAAGUACAGACCACUUGGAUUUGAGCGCUUUGGGGUUUGAUAUUGCUGAGGGAGUGAGCGACCCAUAUUUACCAGGAGAUUAUGGGAUAUUUGUGAGCAAGGUGGAUAAAGGAAGUAUUGCGGAGGGCAGGUUAAGAGUGAAUGAUUGGUUGUUGAAGAUAAACGAUGUGGAUCUGGCCAAUAAGGACAGAAAGGGGGUGAUAAAGGCCGUGUUCAGUGGGGGCGGAGUCAUCAACAUGGUGGUGCGCAGGAGGAAGUCUCUGGGAGGACGUACGGUCACCUCUGUUCAUCUUACACUGGCUGGUCACAAAGAUUGUGGAGUUGGGUUGGAGAGUGGUGUGUUUGUGUUGUCUAUUUCUCCAGGCAGUCCUGCAGCCAGAGAUGCAUCUGUGUGUCCGGGGGAUCGGCUUCUCAAUAUAAAUGGAAUUUCAGUUGAUAAUAAGUCAGUGAGUGAAUGUGAGAAUCUUCUGCGGAGCUGCAGAGACUCUGUUUCUCUUUCCAUCCUAAAGUUCUUUCCUCAGAGUUUGUCGGGUCAGAGUAUCGCUGAGAGCCCACGUGACUGCGAGAGGAACUCCAACGGGAAAUCGACAGACCAUCUACAGCCCUGCAGGAAACAGCCAAUCAGCAGCCACUCCACUCAUAAAGACAUGUACAGCCCCACCCGUGACAUCGAGUGUGAGCGCAGCCAAAGUUUGGCACUGUAUCGCCCGGAACCCUAUCACGAGAACUGCUGUCCGCAUCCAAACCCUAAACGACCCAUGACCUGUCAACCCGUUGCCCCCGGUGACUGCAUCACAGCAGAGGUGGGUCAGGACUGGAGAUGUGUCCCACAUAAGCAAAGUGGUGGCACUUGGCCUAAAAUGAUGGCUGUUGCAAUGACGACUGCCGAUAGUGUACCGCCGCUCUCUAUUUUUAAGACUCGAACGAAGCGGAAGUCGAUAUUUGACGCAGAUACGUUUAAACGGCCAGAAACGCCAUCCAAACUGGAUUAUGUCAGUAUGUCUCAUGUGCCCAAACAUUCCCCACAGAAUUCCUGGUCAGAGGGGGCACCACAAAUACCACCCGAUCCACCCAAACGCAGCGAUUCUUUCAAAUACAAACACAAAGCGCAGGGAAGCUCCGCCUCCGAUUCAACCAUCACCACAGGGUCUCCUCCAGCCACGCCCAUUCAGACCACGCCCUGUCUCGGUCCAGGAGAUAAUGCCAAUCCUGAUGCUGAAGGUCGAGACCGCAGUGGGAAUGUUAAUCAGAGACAGGGGUCUGGUGGGCCGUUUACAGAGGAAUCACCUGAACUGGGUGCAGUUGAACUGGAGAUGAGGAGAGGAAGACCGAACUCUGCACCCGCCCAGCGGCGCUUUCUCACGCCCCUGAAGAUCCCCUUUCCACAGAGCUUCUCUCAUGAUGAACAUUCUCCUGAGCCUGUGGAUCUGGUUCGCUUCUCCCCUUUCCGUUCAAAUCGUCACAGUACAGGCUUCUCACCUGGACAACCACAUGGCUCUUCAAAAACUCUGUCUCCAUACCCUGCUGUCACUGCUGUGAUGAGAAACCCAGUGUACACCGCCUGGAGUCAUGGUGUCAAAACCACUAACUCACCAUCUGCUCCAGUACACACAUACUCUCAAGUCAGUCCACAGCACCAGGGCCACUGGAGUGUGGAUCUCAACCACAAACGUCCUGGUGAACUCUUCGACAGUUCUCGUGGAUCAGCACAUAAUACCAACUCCCUGCCUUCCACUGCGAGACAAGGUUUGUCUCGGUAUCAGGAACAGCGCAUUAAAAUCCCCACCACGCCUCGCUACGCCCGGUCCGUUCAGGGCUCAGACAGAGGAUCUCUGUCUCACUCUGACUGCAGCAGCCCCAGUCUCGUAACUCCACCCCUCUCUCCUCUGGACGCCACCUACUUCACCGGCAGCCAAUCACAGGGCUCCAUCUCCACCCAGACCAGGCUGUCAGUCAGCCCUGUGCCUUUAGGAGACAGAAGAAGAGACAGGUCAUACAUAGGGGAACCACGGUGUGUCACUAUCCCCAAAGGGGCGGAGCCUCUGGGAAUUUCCAUUGUGGGUGGAGAGAAUGGGGGCAUUUUUGUUUCUAAGGUAACGGGGGGAAGCAUUGCUCAACAGCACCACCUGGAGUUUGGAGAUCAGCUUCUCGAGUUUAACGGGGUUAAUCUGAGGAAUGCCACAGAGCAGCUGGCGAGACUUAUCAUUGGCCAGCAGUGUGACACCAUCACUAUACUGGCACAAUACAACCCACACAUGUACCAGCUGGGCAAUCACUCUCGCUCGAGCUCCCGUAUGGAAUCAUCCAUAAGCUCUCACUCGACGCCCGGAACACCCGACACAAACUCCAACGUAGAUGCACUCAGUGAACAUGACGAACGCACCAUGACCCCGCUCUCCAAACUGGCCACACCCACAUCCAGCCCUCACAGUGUCAUCAGGGACCGGAGUGAGGGCGGGAGACAGGCGGAGCCGAGGCGGUUGGUGCUGAAGAAGACUCAGGUGGAUCUGGGCUUGAAGCUCUGUGGUGGAAAUCUGACAGGUGUUUUUGUGGAGAGUCUGGAGGAGGACAGUCCUGCUAGAGGAGCUGAUGGUCUGCAGCCUGGUGACGUCAUACUGGAGUGUAACUCCGUAAGUUUGAAGAAUAAAACCGCUGAGGAGGUUUAUCUAGAGAUCCUGAAACCAGCAGAGGCCAUCACCCUAAGAGUCCAGAACCGACCCGAACACUUCAGGAGGAUUAAAGACACACCUGGAGAUGGAUUCUACAUCAGGGCAUUAUUCGACCAUGUUGGUGAGUUGGAGCGCGAGUUGAGUUUUAAGAAGGAUGAUAUACUCUACGUGGACGACACACUGCCCAGGGGAAAUUUCGGCUACUGGUUGGCAUGGCAACUGGACGAGAAUGCACAGAAACUGGUGCACGGACACGUGCCCAGCAAGUGCAUGAUUGACCAAGACUCGCAGCGGCGAUUCAGCGUCACUGACAGUAAAGAUGACAGCAGUUCUGGUAAAACUCUCUCAGCCGCGGCACGUCGGUCGUUCUUUCGUCGUAAACUCAAACACAAGCGCAACAGCUCCAAAGAUGGCCGCGAUGCCCCAGCGUCUGACGCCAUCAGCACGGAUUCCAUGCCGUACAUGGAGGACUGUUUAAGUGUGGCCUAUCAGCGUGUACAGAAAGUGGAAUCGGCCAAUCGUAGGCCGGUGUUGAUACUGGGACCUCUGGUGGAGCCAAUCAAAGACAUGCUGCUUAGAGAGGCACCUGGGAAGUACUGCCGCUGUUUACCUGAGGGAAUGAAGGCGACCCAGCAGGCGAUUGAGCGAGGGGUCAAAGACUGUCUCUUCAUCGAUUACAAGCGGCGGAGUGGACACUUUGAUGUGACCACAGUGGCGUCCGUUAAGGAAAUUACAGAGAAGGAUUGCCAUUGUCUGCUCGACAUCGCACCACACGCCAUCGAGCGCUUGCACGUCCUUAACAUUUACCCCAUCGUUAUUUUCAUACGAUACAAAAAUGCCAAGCAGAUCAAGGAGCAGAAAGACCCCGUGUAUCUGCGAGAUAAAGUGUCACAGAAACAUUCCAAAGAGCAGUUUGAAUCAGCGCAGCGGAUCGAACAAGACUACAGCAAAUACUUUACAGGUGUCGUUCAGGGUGGAAGUCUGUCCAGCAUAUGCACACAGAUAAUGGCGGUUGUGGACCAGGAACAGAACAAAGUUCUCUGGAUUCCUGACGGAACCACGUGAAUAAACUCACGACCACAAUAAAACUGUCCACCACUAUUAAAGCAACCAGCAGACUCGUACGGUUACACCGUUACACAAACACUCCACAACUGCAGCUCUGAAUCUCACUACAACACAACUAGAGCUGGGCGAUAUAGUGAAUAUUCAUGAUAUUGACAUAAUGAAGCAACGUUGUGAAUAUUGCAAUGAUUCUUGUGCACUUUUUAUUUGGCCAUCGAGUUUCUGGAUUCGGUACGAAAACGGCUAUACGUAAAUGUAAGCAAAAUCGCAUUUUUUACACUCAAAUUUAAAAGUUAAUUGUUAUAACUUUGUAAGCAUGUAAUUCUGGUUCUGUUCACACCAUCUCCCUCCAAAAAGUCUUAUUUUAUUCCACUAGGUGGCAGUAAGCACUAGAAAAAAUUAUGUUUUCUCUAUCACAUUCAAUCACAAUAUACAGAUGUGAACUGUAGGGGGCGCUCUAACACAUUUUAGGCCUCACAGAUGUGCUCGUCCAUUGACAUUCAGUCUAAUGUUCAGUUCAAGCACCACCCUUGUUAUUUAACUGAAUAUCUCGGCCUCUGAGUGGACUACAAGCUCAAUCUAAGUGUCAUUUGAAAGCUGAGAUCCUCCCCUUUAAGUUGAUGUUUAACAUUUUAUCAGCUAUAAUAACAUAUUAUUCUGAUGAUUUGUUUAGCAUGCUUUUCCUGUAGAACCGCAUAUUUUGUUUUGGACAUCUAAGAUAUAACAUUGGAUUAUUCACAUGAUCAAGCUCACAGACAAGAAAACAAUGGCUCAUAUUUUAGAAAACUUCCUAAAGUAAAAGCUAAUAUUAAGUUUUUAGCUAUUUACAGCUUACAGCAGAAGUGAUCACCGCAUAAAUGCGACGUUUGUAUUCGAUGACUUACUGAAGUCUUAUUUCACUUUGCGAUUCUUUUGAAAAUCGUUUGAACUGCACUAUUAGGGCAACAAAAUAAACUAUAAGGUCACAUUCCUGAGAGUAAGAGCUUUCAUUUGAUAUGUGACUUGCCCAUUUACACGCUAACGGCUUUUAUAUUCAUAUUAAGGUAUCUUACCCAUUGCCUCUAGGGGGCGCUAAUUUGCGUCGCAAAUGUAUUCUGGCCUUAUUUUGAUAUUUUAUGAAACAUAAAUGCACAAGUGAUGGUUAACAAUUAAAAGUUCAGAUUCUAAGCGUUCAAAUGACACCUCAAAUGCCUGACAAAUGAAUCCCGAGUGUUGCUGACACCUUCUAACGUUGUGUUUUUGUCCUGUAGUUUCCAAAAUGAAUUGCCGAAAAUUGUCAUUUUGACAAUUGAUUAUGAAUUACAGAUUUUGGCUUUCAUUAUCCUUUAUUUUUAUCUUCAGAAAAAAGUUGUAAAAAUGUCAGCUUGGUUAGUUUCUGAAAUAUGGUUAAUUGAUCAUGGAAUAACCGAAAAGUCACAAUUUUUAAAGCCAUUUCAGAGCAAAUGUAUAAAUAUUGCGAGACGUAUAUCGAAUAUCACAUCAAGGCUGAACUAGUGUCAAUAAUAAACUAUAUUACUUUUUUUUUUUUUUUUAGCUAUAUUGCCCAGCUCUAAACACACACAUGAUGUGACCUCUCAGGGUGAUCAGCUGAACUGUUAGUAUGCAGUAUGUUAGUAUGCAGUAUGUUAGUAUGCAGUAUGUUAGUAUGCACUAUGUAGUAUGCACUAUGUAGUAUGCACUAUGUAGUAUGGAGUAUGUAAGUAUGCACUAUGUUAGUAUGCACUAUGUUAGUAUGCACUAUGUUAGUAUGUAGUAUGCAGUAUGCAACGUGACCGAAAAAGCAGUGUCUCCCAUUCGCUGUUUGAUCUGUUUUCUCUGUGGUAACUCUAAUUUAUGAGGGCUUAUAUGUAGUUUCUGUUUACAGUGAAGAUGUUUAUGAAGCAGCUUACUUGAAUGUUAAACUUCAUGUAUCUGAUCCAAUCAGCACACACUAAACCAAGUCAUCAGUGCAUCGUAGUUUGACACACACACACUCGAUUUACACUCUUCUGACAUUACAAAUACUGACUCGUAACUGUUUGCUGCGUUAGAUGGUCCGUUCACCCCAAAAUGACAAUUCUGUCAUCAUAGGCAGAGUUAAAGAACAGCAGGAACAUUCUGCCAAACAUCUCCUUUUUUGAGUAAAUGAUGACUUUUUUUUGUGGUGGGGUGGGGGGCUGUGCUUAAGCUUUAAUGUAGCAGUUCUUUUAUUUUAAGUGUACUUUAUUAUUUAAAGGAUCUGCUGCAUGAUAACGUCACUAUAUGCUCUGAUUAUCUUAUUGUCCCGUGUUGCUUUUGAACUCUUAAUUUAAGUGAUAGUUACUCUUUCUUAUUUACCACACCUGUAAAACUCCUUUUCGACAACAAAUGUGCCAAAACGUCUUCCCCGCUUUGUCUGUGUUUUGUGCUCCGGUGAGAUUUAAAAGGUAGACACGCCCACUUUAUUAACCCCUAGAGAGGUUUGGUACUACGCUAGUCUUGUAACACAUCUUCACUUCCUGUUCUGACCUUGUCGACCAAUGAAACGUGUCGCUUCUGUAACGUGAUUUUAAGUCCAAGUUCUUCCUCUCAACAAGGAAAAACGCAUAACUGGCAACAAUGACGCUAGUGUUGAAUUAGAGCAGAUAAUUACUGAAUAAUAAUAAUAGAUAUAUGACACUGUGGUACUGUCGCAUUAAAGAACGUUAUACGAAAAUAAAUAUGAUUUUGUAAUUGUUGCAUUAAUAAAGACUAAAUGAAACAUGACAGCAUAUGUUACUGCUUCAUUUUGUUUUUGGCUAUAUGUUCACUCGACUACAAAGUUUGAGAGUUUUCAGUUUAAGGAAUGUUCCGGGUUGGGUUCAAUCGGCGGCAUUUGUUGCAUCGUAUUGAUUACCACAAAAACAUUAUUUUGAUCCCUCAGGUUACAGUGAGACACUUACAAUGGAAGUCAAUGGGGGCAAUUUUUUGGAGGGUUUAAAGACUGAAAUGUGACGUUUAUAACAGAUCAUUUUUAUUUUUUUAUUUUUAAUUUUUUUAAGAAAACGAGGAUCAAGUUGAAAUAAUUUGUUGAUUUUUAAAUGCAUGGUUUGGUACCCCAAUAUUUGUCUGCGCUUUUAACCCCGUACGCAGCAAAGCACGAUCUCCGCUCCUCUAAAUCAGUUGUUUUAACGAGUCGUUUACGCUCUAUGGGUGACGGGACAUUCUCUUCUUAUGGUGCGUUCACAUCAUAGAGUAAAAAAAGAUGGCCGACGCCCCUUCGCUCUUUUCCAUUGGUGAGAACUGAAGCCGCCAGUGUCCCGAUAUGGCGCUGACAUCUUGGGACUUGAGUCUGCGCAGUUGCGAUUUCGAGACCAGACCUGCGCAGUAGUGAGCAGGAAGUAAAGCCGCGAAAUCAAGGCUCCGCCCUCACUCUCGCUGAAUCAAUCGCAAGCACACGCCCCUUUUGACGCUGUGAAAUAAUUAAUUAUAGAAAUUUAGAUAUUCAAUUUAAAGCUCCAAUCUCCUCAGUCCUCCGAAGAUCCCGAAAAAAAGUCAGUUGGUGCUUCAGUGACUACUUCGCUCAGAGAACCUGUCAAUCACAGCUGUCAAUCAUGAUGUCACAGCACCGUUUUUAUAGCAUCAAAUAACUAAAAACAAACUUAUUUUGAAAACAAACACUUGAAAUUACAUCAACGUGAUAGAAACGACAGUAAAUGACAGAAACUAUCUUUGGAAAAAAGAUAUGUGAAGUGUAAUUUAAUUGUUUAGUUGGUCUCACGUCCCGUUGAAUAACAUGGGGAGGCGGGGUUUAUGACACAUACUAGGACCAGUCACCGGGGGGGCGAUCGAGACGUUUUGGCUUCACUUUUGAGGGCUUGUGCGGCACGCUUGGUUCACAUACAGCGGUUCAUGCGGCGCGAUUACAUACAAAGUCAACGCAAAGACACGAAUAGACGCAAAUUUGCGCCGGGCGGAGCAAAUGGCGCGACUCUAAAACACAAAAUCACUUCAUUUGCGUAUUUGAGCGAGAAAUCCGCAUGACGUGUUGUCGCGAAAGCCUAUCAGCAUUGAGAUUGUCCGGAUGUCACUGACGCACUGACGUAGUAGCAGAAGAAAUCAGGAAAACUGGAUGAUAAAAUGGUCGUAGCGGUGUGUGCGCACCCGGAAUUGUACCAAAUGACGCCAACGUAUCUGGGACUUCCACGACAGAGACAGAGCAGCAAUCGUUGCGAUAUCGGCCAUGAUUGAUGCCGGAAAGAUACAUUUUCGUAGAAGCCCCGCCUCCUGUCCUUUUCCGGAAGAGAAGGGGGAAUACUCGCGGGUUCGUGUUACUCGCGCGAACGCAAGUUUAAAAGAAGUUUAGUUGUGUUUUUGCAUGCACAGUGGGUAAUUCUGAGCAAAUUCACACUCAAACUAUAUUCAAGAGCAAAAUUUGAUUUUCGUUUGCUCAAAAUGAAUUCAUCUUUGCAAGAAGAUACACUGCUUUACACGACUGAGUUUAUGCACGUGCACAUUUUUUUUGGUGUGCUCAAAAUGUCAUCUUACACGUGCCAAAUAACUGCGCUCAAUUUCAUCUUGCGCGUGCUGAACAUUUUUGUCCAGAAUUGUGGCACAUGUUUGACUCCAUAAAUAUUCCUUUAAAGGCGCAGUAACCAUUUUUAUCCAUUUUAGAAUUUCCACAAACUGUCAAGCUGAGCCGUUGGACUAACCACGCCCCCUUUUCCCAAAACCCCGCACUCCAAAGACCGAUACUGAGCAGGAGCGGUUUUCAAAAACAGCAGCAGCAGAAUAGCGCCCUCAACUGACCACUGUUAUGAGCAACAUGGCAUUAAAAGGGCAUUAUGACAUAAUUUGCUGCAAAGUGCAAAAUGAUUGACAGGCAGAAAGCAGCAUUGUUCACGGCCGCUGACACAUUUUUGUUUGUUGAGUCAGUCUUGAGCUGUCACAAAGACCGAUGAGAUAUCCCACAACACUUAUUUCAUGAAUAUCUUUCAGGAAGUAAAAUUUUUUGCAUACCUUUCCAUAAACAGCACCUUUAACUUGUAUCAAACCCGGAAUAUUCCUAUCAAAGCGGGAUGUAUCACACUAUUAAAUUAUGUUUUUUUUCUAGUGUUGUCUUGGAGUUUUUGUGUCCUGCAGGUCAUAUUGAAAGUGUAACGCAGUUCCUCUGAACAGCCGCCAGGUGGCGCCAGAUCCUCUGUUAAUGUGAACACCAUAUAAAAGAUUAUAUAAACUUCAAAUAA